ACAGAGCGACUUUCACAAAGCGACAGGAUAGUUCAAUACUAGAUAAGUAAGAAGUUUGUGUAGUACUACCAACCAACUACUACUUUUUUUAAAUUACAAACCUCACAAACUAUGUGUAUUUUAUUCUUCAUUGCAAACGCUAAUCCAGUUCCUGAUGGCUACAAACUCAUCCUGGCCUCCAAUCGAGAUGAGUUCUACGGACGUCCAGCAUCACAAGCCUCAGCUUGGAAUGAUAGCUAUCCACACGUAUUUGGAGGACGCGACAUGGAGCCAGGACGUGAAGGUGGAACUUGGUUGGCUCUUGGCUCAAAAAAUGGUGUGACGAAAAUAGGGGCACUUUUGAACAUUACAGGUGAAAAGAGAAAUCCAAAUGCCUUAGGUCGAGGGCCAAUUGUUACUAAUUAUGUUUCGGGAGAUCUUACCAAUCGUCAAUACGCCGAAGAACUGCUUGAGAAUCAUCUGACCUACAAUUCCUUCAACAUGGUCUCAAUUGAAUUGGAAAAUUCACGUGCUUCAAUUUUACACACGAGCAACGCUCCACCGGGAACCAUGGAGUUUCCGGAGAAAGAAGUGCACGGUUUUGGAAAUAGUCCAUACACCAUUCCUCUGCAAAAGGUGGUUAAGGGCAAAGAGAAAUUCCGUAACAUUGUUAAGAUGUCUGGAAGCGGGAAUUUGGUGCAUGAUUUAAUGGAAUUCCUCAAGGACGACGAAAAGCACUGGCCAGACGACGAAUUAUCACGCCGUGCACCCAAAUGGGCGGAAAAACUCAGUUCAGUCUACGUCAAAAUGCCCAUUGAAGGCUACGGAAGUCGUACCCGAACUGUUAUUCUCAUCGAUAGUAACGAUCGAAUGGACUUUUUUGAGGAAACUAUGGCGGGAACUGAUCCCGAUGGUGAAUGGAAGAAAGCCCACAUUCACAAGCAACUGUGACCAAAAUUAUUGAAUUCAAUUCAAGAGACUAAAAUGUUCCAAAUUGUUAUAAAAAAAUAAAUAAUAAAUUUUCUAAAACCA